CUCCUUUUAUUUUGUAUUCGGUAGAGUUUUCAUUGUUUGAUCUGUUUACAUAACCAAAAAUUUUUUUUAAAUUACCAGUCAAUAAUAAUGUCACAAUAAAAGUAACCGGCGUAAAAUGCCUUUAGACUCGUCACCGUCCCCAAUACUUUUACAAGAUCUUAAAGUCUGGCAAGAUGAUUACGACAAUUUAUUCAAAAAAUAUUCGGACGCAACGAAAGAGCGAUCCUCUCGUGAACCUACGAUUCCCAAAGCGUUUUCGCCCAAUGAACUACAAAAUGUACCAGACAAUUGGGAUCAGAAAGCGAUUUCCCCAAGCAAACCAUUUAAUCAACUUUUGGAAGAACGACUGGCCGAAGAAACGCCUGUUCAAAUUGUCAACAAGCCCAAACGACCGUUCCUGAGAAAGGGCGACGGUCUCGCCAGAUUUAGGAUGUCCUCCGCGUCGAGAAGGUCAUUUUCAAGCAAACAGUACGCAACGAAUGGGGUGCGAUCUAAGUUUACAUCCUCAAAAUCGAAAAAGCCCGAAAGUGUCCCGAAACGCAUACAAUAUGACCUUAGUGAGGAGGUUCGUGACAAACCGAAUCUAAAGUCUGGUAGCCCUUCUUUACCAUCUCGUGGCGAGAUCGAUUUCACCCCCCUCGAAAUUCCCGACUUUAUAAAACCCAGAGGUACUUGGCACACGGUGUUCAACCGUGACGAUCAACCGGCCGAGGGCACUGACUCGCAUCAAAUAAUCAAGGGUGUUGAGUUAAACGCUAUUAGCAACGACGCCGUGGAUAAAAACGUCGACGAAUAUACGUUGAGUCAAUUGGUAGCGAAGCAAAGUCUCAACUUGGCCACAUCCAAUGACAUCCCGGACCGCAUAUCUAAAGUGUCGUCUCACCGCUUCAAUCAGAGCGCCGAAAUAUCCGAACGGGAGCUGAGAUUGUUCGAGGUGUUAGAAAAAAGGGCGGACCACGCGAGCUUCAGUUCGACGAAUACGAGCAUCUUAAACUUACUGUCUAGCACCCCCCAUAGGAGCGUUAAACAAGAAACCGCGUCGACGGAACCGAACGAGCCGCAUUUCUUCGGGUUGCACCAAAAGCUACGGGAAGUCACCAAAAACACGGACGUGCUUCAAAAUUUCCUGCUCAAUUUGAAAAGGCUCGGGUGUGAAAAGUUGCCCGGUUCCGAUUCAGGUGAUUCUUUUUGUUCUCCGAACGCGAGGGAACACGUCGAUCUUGUAGAGUCUUCGGCUAAAACGAGCGUCAGGAGUUUUUCCGACGACGAAAGGUGGUCGAGUAGGUCUCCGUCGCCCAUAACUGCCGGCCAUACCGAGUGCGACAGUGAGUGUCAGAGCGAUGACGCGUCCAGGAGAAUUGACGUUGCCGUCAAUACGAGCUUCAACUGCACCUCGGACGAAACGAUCAGAGAAGAGUGCAGUCAAUGUGAACAAUUCAGAUUAGAAAUUCGACAGCUGCAGACGGACAACAAGAAAUUGAAAGCGAAAGCCGGCGAUUUGGAGACAAAAAACCAGCGUUUGGAACGUGAGGCCAAAAAAACGAACCAGAACCACCUGGAGGCCGUGGGCCGGCUGAAAGAAGAGCUCGAAGCGGAGAGGAAAAAAUUUGCGCGCGAGAAAACGAUCUUCGAAACGUACGUAAAAGAGGCACAGAACCGGCCGACGAAGCAGGAACGCGCGGAAAUCACCCGGCUCAAGCAGGAGCUCGCGGACACGAAGGAACUGAUGAAAUUGAAAGACUCGAAAAGCGGCGCGACGCAGGCGAGGCUCAGGACGCAGCUCAGACAGCUGGAGAAGGAGACCGGCGAACUGAAGGUUACCGUUGAGAAGCUGCAAAAGGAGAACGCGAAACUGAGUGCCAACCAGAGACUGGCGAGGCGACCGGCCGAAGUGAAGAUGCUUCACGAGAUCAAUAAGAACCUCAGCAGGCUGACGGAGGGCGCGUUGAAAAAGCAACUCGAUAAGUCCGGCAGCGGCGAUUUUAAAGAGGGGAAGGAGAAUAAAGAAGGCGACAUCGAUCGUGAUAAGCCUCCCAAAAAUCGUAAAAGCAAAGACGAAGGUGUCGGUAAUACGGAAUCUGAUAUCGAGCAGCGAUACGAGCACGUGUUUGGUAAGUUUGACAGCCCGAGGUUGAACGGGACUACCACCACUUCCGGUUCCGAAAAAACGGAGCGGAGGCUUGAAAAUGGCGCGAUCGAGAUUCACUACGGCAACGGCAAUACGAAGACGAUCUCGCCGGACGGUAACCUCAUCACCGUUAAAUAUUUCAACGGUGACGUGAAAGAGACCAACGUGGAGACCAACACUGUCCGCUAUCACUACGCGGAAAGCGAUUCCUGGCAGGUCCAGUACGCCGACGGUAGCGAGAUGAUCGAAUAUAAAGACGGGCAAAAGAGUAAAAGGUACGCAGAUGGCAAAAUAGAAAUCUCUUAUCCGGACGGUUCGGUUCGCGUGGUCAACACAGACGGGACGGAGGAGGAACGAUACCCUGACGGGUCAAAAACUAUAAAGAAUAGGGCCGGAGAGCAGAUACUUUUAUUGACCAAUGGACAAAAAGAAAUACACACUAACGAAUAUAAGAGGCGGGAAUAUCCCGACGGAACUACGAGAACCCUUUAUCCCGACGGUACCGUCGAAACGGUUUAUCCCAACGGUCGGGUCAGGCUUAAAGAUGCAAAUGGUCUUCUACUAAAAGACACUCACGAACCUGUUAUGAACUAAUUUGGAUUAAGUGUUGUAAUUUAUUUUUAUGAGAGUUUAUACAAUAAAAUAAUUGGUCGGAAAGUUAUGUGUGCAUUGUCCCUUUCAAAUCUCAUGCAACCCAGUUUUGGUAAGGAAGCGUUCGACAAAAGAGAUAUUUUAGACAACGGAGAAAUUUGGAGUUAUCAAGAUACACACUGUUGUAGUGACGCGACGCAUGAUCGCAGAAACUUGUGCCGUUACACUUAGUGAAAGACUAUUAAACGAAGCUUUAGACAGCGUGAGCACGCAAUACUGCAUUGUUUUAGUAGUGUUUUCUUUUAAGUUUUACGUAAUAAUAGUAGCAGCAAAGUUAUCCAACACGGAGGGCACUGCAAUUUGAUUUGCUGGCAACCAAUAACCCCACGUCAGUAUUACAUUGAAAAAAAUGGUAAUAAUAUAAUAUUCCAGAAUAAUACGUGAAGCAAAAAGGUGUACAGAAAUUGAUGGCGGACAUUUUCAACAUUUGUUGUAGUAUACUUCACUGGACUUAAUAAUUCUAAUCAAUUAUUACUAACUUUGCCAAAUGUAACAGAAUCUGGUUUAUAAAAUAUCUUUACCUCUAUUUUUCUGGACAACCUGUAUAACACUUUAAUGACUUACCGAUCUUCCAAGUUUUACACCACUUUUAUAGCAUUUUAAAUGGUGCAAGACUGAAUUCGCGGUGUGAUAAGUGGGAGUUAAACACCAGUUCCACAACCCCUUAAAACGUAAACACGUGAUAUCCCUCCAAGACGUGCUAGGAGCGCCAUCUGUUGAGUAGAGGCAGAUACCACGUUGAACAACAGCGAA